GACUUGAAAGAAAGCGAAAAAUUUUGGAAUUAUGGGGGAAUAAGGAAAUUUCAAAAGUGAAAUAGGAAUGAGGAAUUCCUCGGUUUAGGUGGGAAGAGGGAGGAGAGAUAAGAGAUGGGGAGAGGAAAAGUGGAGCUGAAGAGAAUAGAGAACCCAACAAACAGGCAGGUGACCUUCUCCAAGAGGAGAAAUGGACUUCUGAAGAAGGCUUUCGAGCUGUCUAUCCUCUGCGAUGCUGAAGUUGCUCUCCUCAUCUUCUCUCCUUCUGCAAAGAUUUACCAGUUUGCCAGUCAUGACAUGGAUAGGACCAUUUCAAGGUACAGAAUGGAAGUAGGGCUGCCUAAUUCAAUUGAUCCUCACUUUAGAACCAUGGAGUUUUGGAGAAGCGAGAUCGACGAGUUAAAGAGAUCCAUAGACACCCUGGAAGCAAGACUUAAGCACUUAGCUGGAGAAGAGAUAUCAGCCUUGGGCAUGAAAGAGUUGAAACAGCUAGAGCGACAUUUAAAGAUUGGAGUGGAACGUAUUCGCUCCAAAAAGAGGGGAAUUGUUUCUCAGCAAAUCAACUCGCUGAAGAAAAGGCAUAGAGCCCUCCAAGAGGAGAACACUCAUCUACAGAAAAGAUUGCAUGAGCUAGAUGAUGCCAACAUAAGCUCAAGAAUUCAGGGAGCAAAUGCAGGCAGUGUGUUUUAGCCAAGGGUUCAUCAAGAAAGAGAUCUCUAUUAAAUAAAUACCACCGUCUCUACUCUUGAUUCAGUUACUUCAGUUAUAGAAGAAAUUGUGAUUGCAGACUUGCUAAGACAAGUUUGAUUGCUUUAGCUUGAAUUGCUUUUGCAUCAAAAUUCAGGAGUAUGCAUGUUAAAACAAAGUUCGAUUUCUAGCAAUUAAUAAUAAGACCGUAGCUAUUUGUAUGACAAGCAUAUGCAAGACUAAUGAUCAUAUAUGUGAACAUAUGUAGCGAUCAUUUUAUUGUACC